AUGGCUAUUGUCUUAGUUCGAGUUGUCCGUCUUCUUCUCUUCUGGCUCGUUUUGCAAUCCCCAGUUUUCGGUUUCAGUUUCGUGCAAUAUGCUCACUUUACGAGUGGUGAUUUUUACGAUCUGUUACGGCCAUCCUUUGAUUUCCCUGUUCCUUCUUCCUCCUAUUCCAAAAAGAAAAAAGGAAAAGAAAAGAAGAAAGUGCUGUACUACGACCGGCUAUCGUUUUCAAUAUUCUUUAUGUGCUUAGGCAUUGCCGGCUUCUUUUUCUUGUUUGUUACCAUUGUGAGUCUCGCGAUUGCGUUAAAUGAAACUGCUGAUCUAGAAGUUAGUUAUUAG